UUAGAUUCAAGACUAAGGAGGCAAUCUAGGUCUAGAGUCUAGGACUAGAGUCUAGAUCAUUCAGAAAAUUUCAUAUUCAUAGUGAUACUAGUGAAGUGAUAGUCUGAUAGUCAUACUAGUCAUAGAAUCGAUUUUUAAAAUUAAUAUUUAAAAUUUAAUUCAAUGAGUUAGUCACAGUUAGUGAUUACUAGAUCUAGAUCUAAUCCUAGUAUAUAUAUAUAAAAUACAAUAAUCAAUAUAAUACAAAGACUUUAGAAUGGAAAAUCAAACUAAAAAUGAACAUUUAUCUGAUUGUGAUUCUGAUGAGGACAGUGACGAGUAUAUUUAUGAAGAAGAUAUUCUUUUGAAGGAUAAUUAUAAUAGACAACAAAGCUCAGAUACUAUUGAAAGAAAAAAAUGUUCUGAGAAAUUUUCCAGUAAAUCAGGAGGAAAAGAUGAAAAAAGUAAUGAUUCUGACAACAAAAAGUCAUCAAAAAUCAGAACCAAAAAGCUGAAAAGAUUUUCAGAAUCUAAGACUGCAUUUGAUGGAAGGAAAGUUAUUUUCACUACUGAGUUUACACAAACUGAUUGGUCAUGGAAAGAUAAUGCUGAGUUAUCGGGACAAGCUACUAUCAUUGCAUCAAGAAAUGGCAAAAGUAACUCUCGACAAACUUCAGGAAAAACUCAUUCUGAAGGAGAAAGCACUCAUGAAGAUAGAACAGUUACAGAUUUAAGUCCCUUUUCUCUUCAGCCCAAUGAUGAGUUUGGUAUACCCUUGACAGACGUUAGCACAGACUCAGAUAGUGAUUGUACUGAUAUUGAAACUCCAAAGAAAAUGAAACCGUUGAAGAGUUACCCACCUUUAGUUGGUCCACCACUUAUUUUGAAGUAUAUUGGAGAGUCCGAACUGCCAGGGACAGAGGAGAAUCCUUCCUUAUCAAAUCAUGAUGGAGAAGCUGACCUGCCUGUUAACCAAGUUGGUGACUUUGAUGAGUAUGGCAAUGCUGUGGGCAUGUUCAGCGGAGUCUGUGAAUUUUGUGGUACCAAUAUUAAACCAUUCCCAUCUUUGGAGCAACAGUUGUCUGAGCCCCCUGAGGUCUUAUACUGCUGUGAAGAUUACAGGGACUUUGUUGAAUUUGCCAUGACAACUGCCAACAGACUUGAGACAGAUGUUGCCAAAAGAAGUCAAAAGAUAAGUGUCAAUGUUCAUGGUCAUUACGGAAGUCAAGAAGAUAGAUUGUUGGCUAAAGAGAAAGCUGUACAAAGGAUGCAUGAAAGAGAACUCCAGAGAAGGAGACAGGAAGCAAGUGGCCUUCACACGUCUUACCAAAAUGCCUACAUGUAUCAGGAGGAAGACUCUGAUAAUCUAGGAUAUACACAAGCAGCCGAAACAAAAAAGCCUUCUAAGAAAGAGACUGCUGGAACCAAAGGGGGAGGUGGUGACAAAGGGAAUGGGGUAGGGGAGAAACCUUUGAAGGGUGGAGGUGGAAGCUUUGAUGUAGAGAGUACUGGUGGUCACUCUAUUCAUCGUCAUGCUCCAGCACUGCACCCGACAGCUGGUGGACCUUUAGGUGGCUUUGGAGCACUAAAUAAUGAAGUUUCUCGGCAGAUGAAGACAAUCAAUUAUCAGCUGUCUUCACAGCGAUGCUUAGAGGAAGGCUGGACUCUGAGAGUUCCAAGUCCUCUCAAUCUUGAUGACCCAGAUACAGAGAUAUUCGUUCCUGAACCCUUUCACCCUAUGGCGCUAGUUAGUGGACAAGUUCAAGGUAGAGAAAUCAUUCAAAAGUUUUAUCCAAAUGGAACUCCAUUUCUUAUAAUAUUUCCUGAUGGAACUGGAAAUGUUUUUUAUCCUUCUGGAAGAAUUGCUAUUUUAAUCACCAGUGUGACACUAGGACAGAAUACUUAUGUUGUUCUUGAUGAUAGUACAGAAUCACAGAUACUCGCAGUCUUUGAUGCAACUGGUUGUGGAACUUGCUAUUUCAUGGAUGGAAAAAUUAGGUUAAAUUAUGAUCAACAGGGCGGAAUUGAAUUAGAUUUGACUGGGUCAAGAAGAAGAUCUUGGAUCUGGAAGGAUCAUGAAACCCACGUCCAUGCUCCGCCUUUCCAGCCCAUAGUUUUUGGCAUGAACUACUUUCUAAGUGUCCGAGUGAUGUCACAGGAGAAUAUUGCCUUAUCCCUAACUGGAAAAAAAAGAAGCUGUAGAUUUAAUGUAGGCACCAAAUUAAAGAUGGUGAUGCCUGAGAAUUAUCUUGACAAGUUCAAUGAAUAUCAACUUUACAUAGAUGAGCAUAAACUCCAAAUUCAAAGUUUAAUGAUCAAAGUCAACAAUUUAUUGAAGUUCCCCAAGUCUCCCAAACUGGACUCAAUGUUACCUCCUGUAUCUCUAACAUCUAAACAAUUCAAAGUCAAUCAGAAACGACAACAAUUGAAUUCCUUAUCUCCAAGAAAUAAAGAAAAGAGAAUAACAAAACAGCACAGAUUACCUCCCUUAGACCAGACCUCUGUCAUUGUAAAUUAACUAAGGACUGGAUGCUCCAAAAAUACAAUGUAGAGAAUCUUUUCUCUGGAGUCUGUGAGAACUCUAUUAGUCUAAGUUUUCAAUAGCUGCUAAAGUUACAUAAGUUGAAAAUAGUCUCUUCUUGAAAAUGCAUCAUUUGGUCACAAACUGACUGUUAUUUUGUUACCAGUUAUAACUAAUGCUUUUGUAUGUAAUUUUGAAAUAUAUUAACAUUUUGUUUCUAGUAAACUAUUUCAUAUAAAAAAAAAAAUAUUUUUGAAGAGCUACAUUGUAUGUAUUUUAAACUCAUGUUUUUCUUGUCUAAUUUACAUUAACAUUUUUUAUUUUAAAAAUUCAUUCCUGUUUGUUUUUUUUAUUUGAUUCUUAAAAAUCUGUAAUGAAUUGCUUUAUUUUUACCCAGUGACAUUGACAAAAAAAAGUGUUUUUUUUAAUAAAUAAAAUAACUACAGACAAUGUGAUAUUUUGUAAGCUUUAUGGCAUAUAUCAGUAUAAUUGUAUUAGGAAAAGUAAUUUUCUUUUCUUACUUCUAAGCAGCAAAUGUUUUGCCAUGUGGAUUAUCUUGAAAUGUGACUAUAUAAUAAAUUUAUUGUUCAAUG